AUGAAAGCAAACAAGUGGAAGUUGUGGGUAUUGAUAUAUUCUCCAGUGGUGUUGAAGUCAGUGCUCUCAUCCUUGCAUUUCAAUAACUGGAUUGAUUUUGUCUAUGUAUGCUGUCACCUUGUAAAGCCCAGCAUUACAUUUGAUAAUAUUAAUACUGCCCAUAGACAUCUCAAAAGCUUUUGUGAAAAAUGCAACGAAAUUUACACUACCACAAUCCUUAUCUAUAAUAUGCACUUACAUCUCCAUUUUCGAGAAACUAUUUUCAAUUUUGGACCAGUGUAUAGUUAUUGGCUCUUUGCAUUUGAGAGAUACAAUGGCCUACUCAAGAAUAUCAGCACAAACAGCAAGAACGGUUUUGAAGCCACAUUUAUGAAAUGCUUUGUUGAAGAUAUAUACAAAAACAACAAAUCUCUCCCACCUACAUCUCUCCCACUUUCAGCUAGUAAACCUUCUUCAAUGGGUGAUAUUGAUUAUUCCCAUUUGUUGGAAUACUACAAACUCACGUACCUCACUCCUGAUCUCGUCCAUUAUCAAAAUGCUGCUGCCUCUCCAUUCUUUGUUGACAAUCAGAUUAUAAAGUUAAAAUCAAUCAAUAUUCUUGGCCAAGUGUUCUAUGGCAAUAAUGGCACCACUGGCCGCAGAUCAUAUGUCCAAUCAUUAUUUCUUGGCAGUGAUAGAAGUAUAGAAACAACCUUCACUUGUCAAAUCAAGUAUAUCUUCAUUCAUUCAUUUACUCCUCCUCCAACGUCGCCCUACUAUGAAGCUGAUUCCACUCAUCAUGAUCAACAUGUAUUUGUAUUUGUCAACUGGCUUCUAUUACAUGGAGAUAAAUCAUGA